AUGGCAGCGCUGGGAGCCUUAGUGAAGAAAGUGUGGAGUAUCCGCAGCUUCCUGGUGCUGCUCUGUGCCCCGCUGGUGCUGCUGCCCAUCCUCUUCAGCCUGCCCCCCAAGGAAGGAAAAUGUCUCUACGUAAUUCUACUCAUGGCCUUCUACUGGUGCACCGAAGCGUUGCCAUUGUCUGUGACAGCUCUUCUUCCCAUAAUUCUCUUUCCCUUUCUGGGGGUCCUCCCCGCCAACAAAGUUUGCCCCCAAUAUUUUUUAGACACCAAUUUCCUCUUCCUGAGCGGCUUAAUCAUGGCAGCAGCCAUUGAAGAGUGGAAUCUGCAUCGCAGGAUCGCUCUGAGAAUCCUCAUGUUCGUGGGAGUUCAGCCGGCCAGGCUCAUUUUAGGAAUGAUGCUGACAACUUCCUUCCUGUCUAUGUGGCUAAGUAACACAGCCUCAACAGCCAUGAUGCUACCAAUCGCAACAGCAGUUCUUAAGAGUCUCUUUGGAGAGAGAGAAAUAUCUAGCAGGGAGAAUGAGGAAAACCAAGCUUCCCUGCAAAAUAAUAAACUUCACACGGUGUCAACCGAGAUGCAGCUUCUCACCAAUGUUGAUGAAAAUGACUUGACAGAGAAGAAGGUGACCAUUGACGUUUCCUCAGACUUAAGGAAGGAAGAAGAAUACAAGACUAACGUUUGGAAAGGUUUCCUUAUUUCCAUUCCUUACUCCGCCAGUAUUGGUGGGACAGCAACACUGACUGGAACGGCACCAAACCUCCUUCUUUUGGGGCAGCUAAAGAGCUUUUUUCCAGAAUGCGAUGUUGUCAACUUUGGCUCUUGGUUUGUGUUUGCAUUUCCCUUAAUGGUGCUUUUUCUGUUUUUUGGAUGGCUUUGGAUCUCCUUCCUAUAUGGAUGCAUCACCUUAAGGAGAACAAAGAAAUCAGACAUCAGAGCUGAUGCAGAAGCCAAAGCCAAAUCCGUAAUAAGAGACGAAUAUCAGAAGUUGGGUCCAAUAAAGUUUGCAGAGCAGGCAGUUUUUGUUCUCUUCUGCUUAUUUGCCAUCCUGCUGUUCUCCAGAGACCCGAAAUUUAUCACAGGCUGGGCAAGCUUGUUCACACCAGGUUUUGUCACAGAUGCUGUUACUGGAGUAACAAUAGUGACAAUAUUGUUCUUCUUCCCUUCAAAAAGGCCAUCCCUUAAAUGGUGGUUUGACUUGAAAGCACCAAACACUGAAAACAAACCCUUGCUAUCAUGGAGAAAAGCUGAAGAGAGCGUACCUUGGAAUAUAAUUUUGUUGCUUGGAGGAGGUUUUGCUAUGGCCAAAGGGUGUGAGGAGUCAGGCUUGUCCAUUUGGAUCGGAGGCCGCCUGGGCCCUCUGGAGCAUCUCCCUCCACCCCUGGCUGUUAUUCUCAUCACUGCAGUGAUUGCCUUAUUCACGGAAUUUGCUAGUAACACGGCCACGAUUAUAAUCUUCCUUCCUGUUCUGGCAGAACUGGCCAUUCAUCUGAAAGUGAAUCCCCUCUACUUAAUGAUUCCAGGAACAAUAGGAUGCUCGUUCGCCUUCAUGCUUCCUGUUGCAACACCCCCAAAUUCAAUUGCUUUUGCUUCUGGGCACUUACUGGUCAAAGAUAUGGCAAAGGCUGGUGUGCUUAUGAAUUUGAUGGGAGUUUUACUUCUCAGCCUGGCUAUCAACACUUGGGCCAAGAGCAUCUUCCAGCUAGGCAUAUUCCCCGCCUGGGCCAAUAUACAUAUGGAAAAUACCACCACCUCCCUCCUGGAAGAUGUUCAGAACAUCACUUUGAACUCACUCAGUAGAUCAUGA